AUGGAGCUCAUGUCUUCCAAAAAACACCUAACAAUAGAAGAGCAAAAUGCUAUGGUUCAUUGGCUUCUCGCAAAUAGCACCAACGGGAAAACGAGAGAUGGAGCACAAAAGGAGGCAGCUGCUAUGUUUGGUGUGUCGAGCCGAACGGUGCGUCGUUUCUGGAGCAAAACAAAACAGAAGAUUCAGUCAGGUACAGCAGUGAUAUUCACAUCAGCUCACAAAGGUACAGUUCACAAAGAUAGGAAAAAACUUGAUGUUGAGAAGGUUAAGUCAUUGUCCAUUCUUGAGAGGUCUACAAUUCGUAAAAUGGCUGUCAAGCUAGGGGUUAGCAAGAGCUUACUUGGGCAGUGGAUAAAAAAAAAGGAAUUAAGACCACAUACAAGUGCAAUCAAACCACAGUUGACUGAUGUAAACAAGAUAGCAAGGAUGAAGUUUUGUUUAAGUAAUGUAGUGUAUGAUGGAGCAAUGUCGAGGUACAGUUAUCAAAGCAUGCAUAACGUUGUUCAUAUAGACGAGAAAUGGUUCUAUAUGACCAAGACAUCGGAUAGGUAUUACCUACUCCCUGAAGAAACAGACCCUUACCGAGCAUGCAAGUCUAAACGUUUCAUCACAAAGGUUAUACCAGCAAUCAAAGAGAAGUGGCCAAAAUCAGAUCAAGUGAAGCAUAUCUUUAUUCAACAGGAUAAUGCAAAACCACAUUUCAACAAAGACGAUCCAGAUUUUCAGGCUGCUGCCAACAGUGAUGGAUUCAACAUUGAGCUAGUUUGCCAACCAGCCAACUCACCUGACCUAAAUGUCAAUGAUUUAGGUUUUUUUAGGGCUAUACAAUCACUGCAGGAUCACAAGAUGGCAAAAACUGUUGAAGACCUAGUGCAGAAUGUGUUGAUUUCUUUCGAAGAGCUUUCAUCAGUUACACUCAACAAUGUCUUUGUGACAUUGCAAGGGUGUUUAACUGAGAUUAUGCGAGUUCAAGGAAGCAAUGACUACAAGAUUCCACACAUAAACAAAUCAAGACUCUUGAGGAUGGGAAUGCUGCCAGAAUGCAUAGAAUUGGAUGAAGGACUUAUCAAAGAUAGCCUAACUCAUGUGAUGCAGUUUGAUGUGAAUGCAGGCACAAAUUAUGACAUUGGGGGGCUUAUGCAUCAUUUUGGAUUUGGCUAA